AUUAAAAAGGGGACGGUGUAAAUUUACACACCACGAAGAUUAUCAGUUUAUUAGCUGUUAAAAUGGCAUGUAAUAGGUUUUCUGUUGGAUCAUUGGCUUCGCUGAGCUCUUUCUCAAGUGGUAUAACAGGUGUGGAUACCUCCUUUAUUUCCAUGGCCUCUACUCUGUCAACUGUAAGCAGUAGCUUUGAGAUAGAGUCAGAGGUGGGACGAGAGGCUGUGAAAGAGAUAUGCUGUAGCGCUCUGUCUAGGAUUCUGGACUUCCCUGAUGAUCAAUUAGAGGUCUUAUUAGGCUAUGAUGAGGACGAUCAGGAGGCUACAAAAGAGAGUGGAAUGAAUGUAGCAAGGAACAUAGCUGCCAGUUUUCGUAUGAUGAGACGUGCACUCUCCCACAAGCAACUCCCCCCAGCCACCAAGUACUCGUCUCUGAACAAACCAGCCACAGAUGAAAGCAUCACCCUCACCUUCGGAGGCCCCCUCCUCGAAGCCAAUCAAUAUGCCCUAUCUCAACUCAUCGACCAUCUGCACAAUUAUGUGAUGUCCGAGGGACUGUUUCGAAAGCCUGGAAACAAACACAGGAUGGAGACACUGGUUACUGAGCUGGAGGCCAAACCACCCUCAGAAGCUUUCAGUAGUAGGAGGUACAAUGCCCAUGACUAUGCCUCAGUGCUCAAGAAAUACUUGUCUGAGCUCUCGGAACCUAUACUCAUGAAGAGACAUUUAGGUGCCUACAUUCAGACCUCAGCUUUGGUGUCCCAGUCCUCCCAGGUUUGCUGUCUCCAACUGUUAAUGCUCCUCCUCCCAUCUACCAAUAGAGCAGCUUUACAGAACCUUCUCGACCUACUCUCCAUGGUCGCUAAACAACCUGAGAAUCUGAUGAAUGCCCAGAAUCUUGGCCUGGUCUUUGCCCCCACUCUCUUCUUGGCAUCCCGACAUGAGAUGCUAACGGUUGAUUCUUUGGAGAAGCUUUCCUCACUCCUAAAGCUGAUGAUUGAGAAACCAGAUGAAAUUUUCGAGGUUCCUACUGAGGUACAAGUGGUGGCUGAGAGGUACCUGAAGAGGAAGAGGACCCGUACCACGGAAAGUGUCGACUCUCUAGACACAAUAGAUGAGGACCAAAGUGUGGCCAUUGACAUCUACUCUACGGCCUGUCAGAGGGAAGAUUCGGAGGCGUUUCAUCAGACUGGCCAGGACAAUGCAUCAGCUGAAGUGGAUGCUCUGUAUGAGAUAGUCCGCAAUAUGCCGGAUGGACCACAGAAAACUCACUUUCUCAAAAGGUUUGAGUCAGCCAGUAAGGUGCAAGGUACUCCCAUGUACUCCAAGUACAAGAAGGUGUCAAAGUCCACCUCGAAAAAACCAAAGAAGAACAAAGAGAAUGCUACCCCAAGGAUCAAUUUGCCAGAACCAGUGGGAUCCCAUUCUGUUAAGAAGACACCAGGCUUCAAGAAAGGUCUUCUGCAAGAGUUUGAUCUUGUGGACAACAGAAGGCCGUGUGUGAGUUCGAGCUCUACUAACACUGCGGCUACGAGCACUAUGAACAAAUAUAGAGUGAUAUCUACCAUGUCCCCAUUAGUGACUGAUGUUUAAACCCCCAGCUAGUGUUUCAUGUCAUUUGUGGCACUUUAUUAUACAGUUUGUAUUUGCUAUCUUAAUUUUGAACAUUAGAAUCCACUUAUAUAAUUAUGUUAACACAUUUUGUAUUCACCACUUAAUUACAUGAAUAAAUUUUUGCUGAUGAACAA